GAAGAAACGAAAGUGAAAAUAUUAUUCGAAUCCGAAUGCAAGAUAGUGGUGGCUCUCGUCAUUUAGUUCAUCAUAAAACGAAUCUUUGUUACCUUGAAACAUUUUGUAUAGGCCUACAUCAUUAUAUUGUGUGCCGCUCCGCAAUUAGUGGGCUUCUAAUGAUAAUAGGAACAGGGCUGCGAGCAGCACUAAAAUUGUCUACUAAAUUGAGACGACACGUCUAGGAUGUUUCCAGGGAUUGAACGCUUUAGGCACAAAUGCACUUUAUUACUGGUUCCAGUUCUCGCCUACAUGGGCCUACGCUGGAAGUUGUUCAUACCAAAUUGUUGGGUUUGGCUGAAACGCCUCUGGAGAUUAAUCAUGCCAAGUGAUCCUAGUCCAGAUUCCCUUCCCAGAGGUGAAGUGGAGAGUCCAGAAUCUAUUUUAAGUGUUAAAGUGGAGGUUCCGGUUCUCAGGUCAUUUGAUGUUGAAGACACCGAUGAGUACUACUGCAUGUACGACUCGACAUGGGAGGAUCAUCCAAACGAAGAAACAAGCGAAAGAAGGACCCAACAUGUACGUAUGCACUGUGCAGGCCCUUGGGCCCUGAUAAUGUUUUUUGUGAGGUCUCUCAGCAGAUGAGUUUCAUAAUACUGUAGCCCAGGGGUUCUUCAAUUCCGGUCCUGAAGGGCCGAAACACCUCUGUUUUUCAUCCUCUCCUUCUAAAUCAGGGGCUAAUUCAGACCUGGGACACCAGGUGAGUGCAAUUAACUACCAGGUAGAAAUAAAAAACAGAAGUGUUUCGGCCCUCCAUGACCGGAAUUGAAGAACCCUGCUGUAGCCUAUCAUCAAAAGUCUCUUAUCGGCACCAUAAAAUACAACUGGCAUAUUUAAUUUAAAUUCAAAACAAAAUUCCCCAAUGUAAAAUAAUGUUAACAGAAUGUUGAUAACUCAAUCUUUCAGAAUGUUCAGAUAAAAAUCUAUUAUAUAAAAUGCUUCAAUGGCUCAUACAUGUGCUCGCUCAUACAGCGUAUUCAGAAAGUAUUCACACCCCUUGUCUUUUUCCACAUUUUGUUGUGUUACAGCCUGAAGUUAAAAUAGAUUAAAUGUAGAUUUUGUGUCACUGGGCUACACACAAUACCACAUAAUGUCAAAGUGGAAUUAUGUUUUUAGACAGUUUUACAAAUUAAUGAAAAAUGAAAAGCUGAAAUGUCUUGUCAUUAAGUAUUCAAUCCCUUUGUUAUACCAAGCCUAAAUAAGUUCAGGAGUAAACAUUUGCUUAAAAAGUUACAAAUUGCAUGGUGUUUAACAUGAUUUUUGAAUGACUAGUUCAUCUCUGUAUCCCACACAUACAAUUACCUGUAAAGUCCCUCAGUCGAGCAGUGAAUUUCAAACACAGAUUGGACCAAAACAACCAGGGAGGUUUUCCAAUGCCUUGCAAAGAGGGGCACAUAUUGGUAGAUGGGUAAAAAAAGUGAAAUAAUAACAGAUAUUGAAAAUCCCUUUGAGCAUGGUGAAGUUAUUAAUUACACUUUGGAUGGUGUAUCAAUACACCCAGCCACUACAAAGAUACGGGCAUCCUUCCUAACUCAGUUUCUGGAGAGGAAGGAAACUGCUCAGGGAUUUCACACUGAGGCCAAUGGUGAAUUUAAAACAGUUACAGAGUUUAAUGGGUGUGAAAGAAGAAAAUUGAGGAUGGGAUCAACAUUGCAGUUACUCCACAAAACUAACCUAAAUGACACAUAGUGAAAAGAAGGAAACCUGUACAGAAUAAAAAUAUUCCAAAAUAUGCAUCCUGUUUGCAUGAAAGUAAAGCUGGGAAAAAAAAUGUGGCAAAGAAAUUAACUAAGUUUUGAAAACAAAGCUUUAUGUUUGGGGCAAAUCCAACACAUCACUGAGUACCACUCUUCAUAUUUUCAAGCAUGGUGGUGGCUGCAUCAUGUUAUGGGUAUGCUUGUCAUCGGCAAGGACUAGGGAGUUUUUAUUUUGGAUGAAAAGAAACGGAAUAGAGCUAAGCACAGGCAAAAUCCUAGAGGAAAACCUGGUUCACUCUGCUUUCCAACAGACAUUGGGAGACAAAUUAAUCUUUCAGCAGGACAAUAACCUAAAACACAAGGCCAACUAUACACUGGAGUUGCUUACCAAGACGACAUUGAAUGUUCCUGAGUGACCUAGUUACAGUUUUGACUUAUAUCGUCUUGAAAAUCUUUAAAGAACAAUGUCCAAAUAUUGAUCAAUCCAGGUGUGCAAAGCUCUUGGAGACUUACCCAGAAAGACACAGCUGUAAUUGCUGCCAAAGGAGAUUCUAACAUGUAUUGACUCAGGGGUGUGAAUACUUAUGUAAAUGAGAUACAGUGCCUUGCAAAAUUAUUAAUCCCCCUUGGCGUUUUUCCUAUUUUGUUGCAUUACAACCUGUAAUUUAAAUUGAUUUUUAUUUGGAUUUCAUGUUAUGGUCAUACACAAAAUAGUCCAAAUUGGUGAAGUGAAAUUCAAAAAAUUACUUGUUUCAAAAAAAUAAAUAACGGAAAAGUGGUGCGUGCAUAUGUAUUCACCCCCUUUGCUAUGAAGCCCCUAAAUAAGAUCUGGUGCAACCAAUCAGAAGUCACAUAAUUAGUUAAAUAAAGUCCACCUGUGUGCAAUCUGUGUCACAUGAUCUGUCACAUGAUCUCAGUGUAUAUAUACACCUGUUCUGAAAGGCCCCAGAGUCUGCAACACCACUAAGCAAGGGGCACCACCAAGCAAGCGGCACCAUGAAGACCAAGGAGCUCUCCAACAGGUCAGGGACAAAGUUGUGGAGAAGUACAGAUCAGGGUUGGGUUAUAAAAAAAUAUCCAAAACUUUGAACGUCCCACGGAGCACCAUUAAAUCCCAGUGGCUAGAUGUGCCAAGCUUAUAGAGACAUACCCCAAGAGACUUGCAGCUGUAAUUGCUGGCUGUGGCUCUAUGUCUUAUUUCUUGUUUCACAAUAAACAAAUAUUUUUGGAUCUUCAAAGUGGUAUGCAUGUUGUGUAAAUCAAAUUAUACAAACCCCCCAAAAAUCCAUUUUAAUUUGAGGUUGUAAGGCAACAAAAUAGGAAAAAUGCCAAGGGGGGUGAAUAGUUUCACAAGCCACUGUAUGUCUGUAUUUCAUUUUCAAUAAAUUAGCAAACAUUUGUAAAAACAUGUUUUUACUUUGUCAUUAUGGGGUAUUGUGUGUAGAUAGGUGGAAAAAAAUAAAUGUAAACCAUUUUGAAUUCACGCUGUAACACAACAGAAUGUGGAAUUAGUCAAGGGGUAUGAAUACUUUCUGAAGGCACUGUAUAUGCCCACAUCUGCAGAGAAUUUUCAGACCUAUGAAUUACUACUGUCCUUUGUACCACAUGCUCACUGUUGUAUUUCCUCAGGAGCGGGUACACCAGUUGGUCACAACAUGUAAAUGCUAUGUUCUUAUACUUUAUGUACUGAUACAUUGAGAGACAGGGUUUUGGGACAACCUUUCUAAAUAUUUAUUUAACCAUUAUUGCAGUUGUACAACAUUGGGUCUCAUAUUGAUGAGUAGUGUAAAGCUAUUGCUCACCAUUCAAAGCUUUAGUCAGGGGUUUAAGAAUACUGAUGUUUUUAUUAUGUCUGUGUAUGUUAUCUAAUAACUUCCAGAUACAUAAAAUGGAUAUGACUAAAAAAGUAUGCUAGGCCCGUCAGUAGCCAAGUUGAAUACUAGCCGGCCUAUUCAGCUAGUAAAAGUUUCCCUCCAAGUUUGUUUUACUUUACAUAGCUCAGACAUGGGCCUAUCAGUAUUGUUCAGGUCAGGUGUUUCCAGUAUCUGCCAUUUUGUGAACUGAUGGAGUGAAUGUGUUUUCAGUCAAAGAAGUUUAAGAGAUUCAGAAGUGCAGCAAGGGAUAUGCAAAAGUACAGGCGUGAUUAUCCAGUAAGUCAUUAUUCUCUCCACACAAUAUUACACACUUUAUGCUAUAAAAUAUAUCCACCUCAAUCAUAGUAUGUUACUGCUGCUGACAAUCAAUCAGUCAAUAGCUUGUACAUAGUCUUUAGCACUAUGUUCUUGUUUCCACAGGAGCAAAGAUCAAACUUGUACUUUGGCGGGCAACAACAAGUAAGCAAGUCCUCAUCCCUUUAUGUAAUACAUGGAGAAACAUGAUGAUUUUACUGGCCAAUUCCUCUGUAAUUAUUGUACUGUUUUGAUACAGCUCUCUCAAAUAUCCCCAUUUCUGAAUCUGCAUUGCUUUCCCCCAGGAUGAUAUGCCUAAUUUACAGUUCUACCGUGGACACAUACCCUCCUCCCCUGAUGGUAAUCUAUUUACUGUUUCUUUCAGCGCAGUUUUGAUUUGACAAGACUUGGACAUUUUUAACUGUAACCUUUGCUCUGAUUAGGUGUCUUCAUUGAGGACUUUCACAAUAAAUGGCACAGGAAAUAUUCAAAACUGGAAGAAGUUCACUCAUACAUCCAAUGGUCAGUUUCCUUUACAUUUAUACGUUUAUUUUAAUUUUUUAUAAUUAGGUGUUAUAAUACAAUUGUUUAAAAUGUUUGUUUAAUACACAAACAUUUUAUUUAGGUUGUUCCCUCUUCAAGAACCAGGAAUGAAUUAUCAAGCCAAGGAACUCACCAAGAAGGAAAUUAAGGUACAUCUAGUAGUUUCUUUGAGCAAGGAAAGUGUUCUCUGCAUACUGCAUUUGCAUAUUUACAUUUACAUUUUAGUCAUUUAGCAGACGCUCUUAUCGAGAGCGACUUACAGUUAGUGAAUACAUAUUUUUUUAUACUGGCCCCCCGUGGGAAUCGAACCCACAACCCUGGCGUUGCAAACGCCAUGCUCUAUCAACUGAGCUACAUCCCUGCCGGCCAUUCCCUCCCCUACCCUGGACCAAUUGUGCGCCGCCCAUGAGUCUCCCGGUCGCGGCCGGCUGCGACAGAGCCUGGAUUCGAACCAGGAUCUCUAGUGGCACAGUUAGCACUGCGAUGCAGUGCCUUAGACCACUGCGCCACAUACAGUAUCUGGAAAUGAAUGAAAAUAUGUGUUCAUAAUUGUUCUGAAUGACAAUCUGCUUCCUCCUCAGGCUUUCCGUGAAGAUGGCACAGCAAAGCAGAGGCUGGUCACGUCCUACAAGCUCAUGCUGGACUUCUACGGCAUAGAGCUGUCAAAUGACAUAACAGGGGAAGUGAAACGUGCAAACAACUGGCGUGAGAGAUUUGACAACCUGGAAAGGUUAGCAAUUUCUUCAUUUGGUCAUUUAACAGUUAUUAUUUUAUAGUGAUUGCAAUACAUAAUAGCUAAGAUUUCAGUUUUCAAAUUAAACUUCUGAGAAUAACAGUGCUUUUGAGGUUAACAGUACCCUUGUGUUUUUGGUCCUGGCAGAAACACACACAACAACCUGCGCAUCACCCGCAUCCUGAAGUGCCUGGGCACUCUGGGGUUCCCCCACUACCAGGCCCCACUGGUCCGCUUCUUCCUAGAGCAGACUCUUGUCAAAGGCAAGCUGUACAAUGUGAAGGAAAGUGCGCUCAACUACUUCAUAUUCGCUGUCAUUGAUAAGCAAAAGCGCAGGAAUUUAGUUAAGUAUGCCUACGCGCACUAUGAGCCGAAACAUGAGUUUGUGUGGUGCCCCAAGACGAUCCAGAGUAUAUUUAGUGAAGAGACAUUCCCAGAUGAUAAAAACCCAAUUGAUCUGAAACUGGUUGCCAUUGAUGACAACACUGCCAGUUAUCAGUCUGUCUCUCACGACGUUAACAAGGAUAAGCCAAUGGAUUGGAGUGGAAUGGCAGGAGAGGUUAGUGACUUAAUGCGAUUGGGGUUGCCAAACGAUGCACGUUUGACUCAUGAUAACGUGUGUGAUCUGUCGACCAGUUGCACUCAGAGAAACAAAGGGACCAGUCAGGGCUCAAAGACUACUGGUGGAAGGAAUCAAAACACCAAUGCUGAUUCAUCCCAUGAGGAUCUACCAGUGAGGCAAAACGAUACUGCUCAAUCCAGUUAUGGAGCUUCUGAAAGUGGUAGCUCUAUAACUACGCCCUACCCUAGUCAGCACCCCACCACUGAUUCUCCGAAGCGAUCAGAUUGUCGACCUAGCAGUGAAGAUUCAGAGAGAAUUACUGAUGAUCAGAGAAAGAGAGCUGCAGAUAAGCCAACAGAGCAUAAACUUCACAAACGUAGCAGAGUUUCAGAGGGAAAGACUAAUACUGAUCAUGAUGUAACAAAAAACAAGGUUGCUGCGGAUAAGCGAGCAGAUAGUGAACCAAGCAGUAUUGUUUUGGAAGGAAAGACUAAUGCCAAUGAUCAUAAGAGUGUGGUAGCUACAGAUAAGAAAGCAGAGAGUGAACCAAGCAGUAUUGUUUUGGAAGGAAAGACUAAUGCCAAUGAUCAUAAGAGUGUGGUAGCUACAGAUAAGAAAGCAGAGAGUGAACCAAGCAGUAUUGUUUUGGAAGGAAAGACUAAUGCCAAUGAUAAUAAGAGUGUGGUAGCUACAGAUAAGAAAGCAGAGAGUGAACCAAGCAGUAUUGUUUUGGAAGGAAAGACUAAUGCCAAUGAUCAUAAGAGUGUGGUAGCUACAGAUAAGAAAGCAGAGAGUGAACCAAGCAGUAUUGUUUUGGAAGGAAAGACUAAUGCCAAUGAUCACAAGAGUGUGGUAGCUACAGAUAAGAAAGCAGAGAGUGAACCAAGCAGUAUUGUUUUGGAAGGAAAGACUAAUGCCAAUGAUCAUAAGAGUGUGGUAGCUACAGAUAAGAAAGCAGAGAGUGAACCAAGCAGUAUUGUUUUGGAAGGAAAGACUAAUGCCAAUGAUCAUAAGAGUGUGGUAGCUACAGAUAAGAAAGCAGAGAGUGAACCAAGCAGUAUUGUUUUGGAAGGAAAGACUAAUGCCAAUGAUCAUAAGAGUGUGGUAGCUACAGAUAAGAAAGCAGAGAGUGGCAGUGGCGCUAUGGUGGGAAAGACUAACACUGCUGCUGGCAAAAAUAAUGGAGCUGCAGAGAGUGAACCAAUCAAUGAUGUUUCAGAGGGAAUGACUAACGCCAAUGGUCAUGAGAGUACAGAUGCGCAACCAGAGAGGGACAGUGGAGUUUGA